UGUACCCAUACGGCCAUACGCCCCUGCCACCUAAAACCCUCCAAAACCCUUGCAUUCAUCAUCUCCCCUCAAUUCCAGGGUUUAACACCGUCUUCUUCCCGAAUUUCAUCCGCCAUGGAUAUGGAAAUUGAAGGUUUAGACCUUGAAGAAUUCGACCCAAUUGAAGAACAACAUGAAGAUUUCUGCACCUCAAUCAUCUCUCAAUUCGGCAAAUCCACCAACGAACAACACCUCAAUCUCUGCAAUGUUAUCGGAACAAUGUCGCAAGGUCUCAAAGACAACAACGUUCCUCUCUUACCUGCUGCUUACUUUGGCUCCAUUGUUUCUUCCCUUGAUCGACUUUGUGUCUCCUCUCAUUCUUCCUCCACGUCACCCGACCACAAUGUUGAGGCACUUCUUACUUUGAUGAGUUUGAUUAUGCCGAGGAUUCCUGUUGGGAGUCUUAGGAAGAGGAAGGUGUUGUUGUUGGGUUUGUUGAUUAGGGUUUUACGAGGCGGUAGUUGUUUGUCGACUGAUGGUGUUGUGGCUGGGUUGAGCUGUGUUUCUGGGUUGCUGGUUAUUAGGGAUUCUUUAAAUUGGUCUGAUGUUAGUCUGUAUUAUGGAUUUCUUCUUGGUUUCGUCACUCAUUCGGAUAGUAAGGUACCAAAUUUGCGAAUUUAUAUGUUUGUGGAGGUUAAACCCGAAGAUUUGGUGGACCUUCUAAGCACUUUGGCUACUUCAGUACCAGUGAAUGAAACGUCAGCUGAUGGCAUGAAUUUUACUGCUCGUCUGUUGGAUGUCGGAAUGAGGAAAGUUUACAAUCUCAACCGGCAGAUCUGCAUUGAUAAGCUUCCACUUGUACUAAAUGCUUUGCAAGAUAUUUUUGGAUCUGGGUUCGAGGAAGCUAAAUUUGCUGCGACUGAGUCAUUGAAGAAUCUGAUACAAGCUUGUGUUGAUGAAGACCUAAUAAAGAAAGGUGUUGACCGAGUAAACAGCAAUUUAGACUUCAACAACAGAAAGUCUGCACCGUCUACUAUUGAGAAAAUUUGUGCUACUAUUGGAAGUUUGCUCGACAACAGAUAUCGUAGCGAGUGGGACAUGGCCUUCCAGAUUGUCUCUUUGAUGUUUGACAAACUAGGUACUUUCUCUGCUGUCCUCUUAAGAGGCAGCCUGGAGAGCUUGGCAAGCAUUGAAAAGGAAAGCGAGGAGGAUUUCCCGGAGAGGAAACAGCUGCAAGAUUGCAUUGGAUCAGCACUUGGGGCAGUGGGACCUGAAGUCUUUUUACGCAUUUUGCCUCUGAAUUUGGAAGCUGACACUCUGUCUGAUAUCAAUGGUUGCCUUUUUCCAAUUCUAAAACAGUAUACAGUUGGUGCACGUUUUAGGUUCUAUGUUGAGUCAUUGCUGGGUACGGUUGAAAACCUCAAGCAUAAAUCCAAAAAGCUUAAGUUAGAGGGGCAAGUCCAGGCAUCAAGAUAUGCAGACAGGAUUGUAUACCAAGUGUGGACCUUAUUGCCCUCAUUUUGCAAUUACCCUUUGGACACUGCUGAAAGCUUCAAACUUCUUGAGGAAGUUUUAUGUAAUGCUUUGUAUAAAGAGCCUGAACUUCAAGGAAUUAUUUGCUCCAGUUUGCAAAUCCUCAUUCAACAGAAUAAGUGUAUUCUAGAAGGAAACAAUUAUGUACCCAUCAAUAAACUAAAUGCUCCCACUGAGAGAGCUAUUGGUUUUUACAAUCAAGAGGUGGCUUCCGCUAAUUUGGGAGUGCUGAGAUCUUCUGCUCGUAAUUUCUUGUUAGUUUUGUUCAGUGCUUUCCUAAACUCCACAAAUGAUCCUGGUGGAAGCUUGCUGUCUACAAUAUGUGAAUUUGCAUCAAUAGCGGGUGAAGACACUGUGUCAAAAUUACUUAGGAAAGAAAUGAAACAACUUUUGAAGGUCACUGAGGAUGGUAAUGAAAGAGAUUCAAUGGAGAUUGACUCUUCAUCUGGUGAUAAUUCAUUUUCUUGCAAGAAAGCUCAGCAUUUUGAUCUGGCUGUUUCUCUUUUGCCUGGUUUUGGUCCUCAGGAUACUGAUAUCAUGUUUUCUGCCAUAAUUCCAUCACUGGAGGAUGUUGAUGGCUUGAUCCAAAAGAAGGCGUACAAGGUUCUUUCAAUGAUUCUCAAGAAUUCGGAUGGGUCUAUUUCAAGGAAGAUUGAAGAAAUUCUCAAGUUGAUGAGUGAAGUGCGGUCUAAAUGCCUGAGUGAAGUGCAGUCUAAAUGCCUGAGUGAAGUGCAGUCUAAAUGCCAUUUCUCAGCCAAACGUCAUAGGCUUGACUGUUUGUAUUCUGUUAUUGUCCAUGUGAUCAAGGAUGAAGCAGGAUGGGAUAAAAUCAGUCCUUUCAUGGUUGAAAUUGUACUAGCGCUGAAAGAGGUUAAUAAGAAAACCAGAAAUCGGGCUUAUGAUAUUCUAGUCCAAAUUGGUCAUGCUUGUGAUGAGGAGAAGGGAGGGAAAAAGGAGCAGGGAGGGAAAAAGAAGAACUUACUCCAACUCUUUGAGAGCGUAGCUGUAGGCCUUGCCAGCGAUUGUUCGCAUAUGAUCAGUGCGACUGUGAAAGGGUUGGCUCGCUUGGCUUAUGAAUUUUCCGAUUGUCUUUCUAGUGCAUGCGAUCUGUUUUCCUCCUCACUUCUACUUCUUGAGAGGGAGGACAAAGAGAUCAUUAAAGCUAAUUUGGGUCUACUUAAGGUUUUGGUUGCAAAAUCACCAUCUGAGAUUCUGCAAAUUUUCUUGAAAGGCAUGGUUGAUGGUAUUUUAGUACGUCGGGAUGAUUCCAUGAAGCAUUUCAAAGCUAAGGUUAAACACUUGUUGGAGAUGCUUGUCAAGAAAUGUGGCCUUGAUGCUAUUAAGGCUGUAGUGCCAGAAGAUCAUAUGAAACUUCUUACUAAUAUCCGCAAGAUAAAAGAGCGGAAAGAAAGGAAGUUGACAGCCAAUUCUGAGACAAGUUCCUACCUGUCAAAAGCAACUACUUCCAGUGUGACUGCGGAUGAUAUGGAUGCUGGGACAUCUGUUGGUCGACGGAGCAGAUUAUCUUCCAAGUUAAAAUCAAAAGCGCCUUCAUCAAGGUUAAGGAAAACGAGGUCUGGAAGGAGCUUAUUAGAAGACUCACUUGACCUAGAAGAUGAACCACUUGAUCUUUUGGACCAGCGUAAAACAAGGCUAGCUCUUCGUUCUGGUAGAAAUCUGAAAAGGAAGCUCGAUUCAGAAGAUGAGCCUGAGUAUGAUGAAGAUAAAACUGAUAUUCGAAGUUAUGUUUCUUCUAAAUCAAAAAAGGCUAACCAGAAGCGCAGAAAAAUAUCUGAGUCAGGAUGGGCCUAUACUGGAAAUGAGUAUGCUAGUAAGAAGGCUCGUGGAGAUGUGAAAAAGAAGGGCAAAUUUGAGCCGUAUGCAUACUGGCCACUAGACCGUAAGAUGCUCAGCCGUAGACCUGAGCAACGGGCUGCUGCUAGAAGGGGUAUGCAUAGUGUUGUUAAGUUGACGAAAAAGCUCGAAGGGAAGAGUGUUGCAAGUGCACUUUCCAUGAAGAGCAAGGUAAAAAAGGCUCAUAAGAAAUGAAAGAUAGCGUAGAAUGCUCAAUAUUCUGUUGGUGAAUUUUGAUAAUUUUUCGUGUUAUAUAUAGAAAAAAUAGGAAUAUCGAAAAAAACUAAUUUUAUUUUAUUUUUCUCCCUUUACACAUGUUACGAGUCUUCAAUGAAGUGCAGUCUAAUUUUGACGUCAUGUAAAUUCAUAAUUUUUUUUGUAAUGAUGCAUCAUAAAUUAAUUAAUGAAUGAAUUUUUCCCUCAA